GUCGUGGCAAAACGGAGAAUUAGGAAACACGAACUCGUAACCGUUGACUUCCCCGUUUUUGUUGUCAGAUUGGACUUUAUCAACGGAGACAGCUACACUGCACGCCAAAGACGAGUCAUGAUGGAAACUGGGCUGAACCAGCUGCCAGCAGAACAGAAAAAGGCGAUCAUGGGUUUGGCAAGAAGCACGGGAGGGGAGCCGAUGAUCGAUAUCUUGCGCACAAACGGCUUUGGAGUUGAAAUUGAGGGUGUCCAGCACCUUGCACUGCUCAUAGAUGGCUCAAGAGUGAAUCACAACUGCAGACCUAACAACAUGGCGAUGGAGGUUCUGGCACUCCGAGAAAUCUCUGUCGGCGAAGAGAUUGCACACAGCUAUGCCCCUCUCGGAUACACAUACGAAGAGCGCAAGGCGGUGCUCCAGGGCUGGGGCUUUCGUUGCCGGUGCGCGCUCUGCUCGGCCCCGCCAGCAGAAAGGGAGGUCUCGGACAGCCUCCGACAACGUCUGCUCGAAAUCCAUCGGACCCUUGGUCAGGCGGCAGGACUCAGCAGACAGCGUAUCGGCGAGCUCGUGCCGGAGGCGCUGGGGAUCAUAAAGCGGGAAGAGCUCGAGCCGCAGCUCGUCGAAUACUAUCAGCAGUUUGCCAAGGCGUACAUGGCGGUGGGCGAUCUCAAGCGGGCGAGGGAGUACGUUGCGCUGGCGGAUGAGAUGUGGCUGCUUUAUGGAGGGGAGGAGCAUGAGAACAUUCAGGGUAUGAGGGAGCUU